AUUCAUCCCAUCGGAUGGCUUGCCUCCAUGCGACAUAAAGUGUUCUCUUUAGAAGACCUGGGACGGCGAAGAUAUUUACCAAGUCUACACGUAUUUCAAUUUUUUCCGUUUUCAUCUGCGUCCCUCUCCCUGUAUGUCAUCUAGCCGCGCUUUGGUUUUGUUGCUGGUUUCAUGUUUUCAUGCCGCUCCUGCCUCGUUUCAUGCUGUUUCCGUGCCGUUCCUGCUCGAUCCGGGUGACACAUGCAAACGCAUUGCGAAGGAAUGCUUUGUUCUGCUUCUGGCUCCGGCGGAAAUUAUAAGACGACGGCACGACCGCAUGAGCGACACCGAUGCGCUGUAAGUACAACUUGCAAAUAGACCAAAUUCACGACUAGACCUCGUCCUCAGCAGGGUUGUAUGAUUUAGACCAAUGUAUACAUGUUUCAGCUGGCAGUUUGCAGCUGUUCUUUCCGUCUGGUUUUCAACACGAACGCCCUCGUCCGUGUUUUCCCGCCGAUCUCUACUUGCAUUCAGCCACCACUACUCUUUUGAAAACCACCAGCGCAAGCGCCGCGUCUAACUGUGUAUAAGUAAAUGAAUUGAGAUGAAAGAAU